GCUUGGCUGGAAUCGCGAGCGCGGACAAAUUCAGUUUGGUUUUGACGUAACGUACGGAACGUUUGGGUGUCGCACUCUCCUCGCAUGGAGGAGCACCACUGCACACAAUAGGCACUUCGAGGAUACGCGGAUACUACAAAACGCAUGACAGCGAUUAGCAUCGUUAUCGUCGUAGUCUAAAAAGGAUGACAACCGAGACCUAUUUGGACUUGACCUAUGACCGAGGCAAGGGGUCGAAGCGGCCCCUGAGACCAAAGCUAUUAAAGUUGACGGAUGUGACGAUACCGCACCGAAGCCGAAAGAAAAACAAAGUCAAGACGAAGGACCGGUCGGCCACUACUGUGCGGGAAAGGAUAUACGAUGACCCAGCAUACACGGAGGACAUAAGUCACUUGGCGAAUCCCAUGCGUAGAAGUAGUAUUUCGGGGAAACCGGAUCACAAGUCCGUCGGUGGAUCGAAGCACCAGCUGGCCAAGGAGCUGCAUCAAUAUGUGACUGGAAAGCAGGGCAAGCUUAAGGGCUCAGGGGGAGCUGGUGGAGGACCAGGAGGUGGAGCAAUUGGAGCCGGACCAGGAGCAGUCUAUGACUGCGAUUCCAGCAGCUCCGACAAUGAACCCCUGGAGCCAAUGAAAGCCACCAGCAGCAUGACCCGUCGAGUGCGCAGUCUGGAGCGGAGCUUGGAUAUUUCCAUGGACAAGAAGUCAGCUCCGAAACGCAGCUCCAAGCAAAAGCGUAACCUUAGCCUCGACAACAGUCGCCACCUGGCCACCAGGGCGGAGGGUAAGCAAAGCCAGGAUAUGCGACGGAAGCUUCCUCCCGAAGCCGGCCAAGCAGAGGAUGACGUUUACUCCACCCGUAGCUCAGCCCAGGAAUCCGCUGCCACACUGCCCGUGGAAGCGGAUGCCGCCACCAAGUUGGCCAUUGGAAAGCGCUUCCUCCGGGGCGAAAUUGGUAUAAAAAGCUUUAACUAUUACCUCCUGAAAGAGGGGCUCAAGAGCUCCAAAAAGAUUGACAAGCCGGGACGCAACGAAGCCAAGCUGCAGUCUCGCAGCGAGGAAAACAUUUAUGAGGAAAUCUUCUUCAAGGACACCCCGAAAGAGACCAAUGUUGUCCUGCCGGAGAAGGAGGGACAGAACCACCUGCCAGCCAGUGAGGAGUGUGAAAUCUGCAUGGAACAGUGCAGCAAGGACAACUGCGAGUUCUGCUUGGCAGGAAGUAAGCUCAUAAUGCAGGUGCAGCCCCAGCAGCAACAGCACCCGCAGCUCCAGGAGAGCCAAGGACCUGCGGCUGGGGCAUCGGCCCUACCAGCUGCCCACAUCUUAGAGUUCCAAUCGUACAAUCCCAACAACCCUGGCGUGUACAAGAUAGAGACCACCCCAGUGGCCAUAACCGGCGACUAUAACCCCAUCCUUCAGUUCCAGCAAUCCUCGGCCACCACCUCCACAUCAACCACCACAACUCCUAGUGAGCAACAUCUUCAGCAGCAGAUCUACGGUGGCUAUUACCUGCCCCACCUGCCGCCCAAUCAACGGUCAUAUCACCCCUCCCUGGUAGGGAAUCCAAUCACCAAUCAUUAUGCAACUGCAGGGGGAAGCUUGUUGCUCGCCCAGGUGACUGGAGCUGCGACUCCGCCAAGAAGACCCCAGCAGCAGCAGCAACAUUAUAUCCUCGGGACCUUCCAGAACGGAGGAGCUGCACCCGGUACUGCCUCUGCCGGAGCCGCAUCCUUGCAGCGACUAAACACCAAGUCCUCCUCCUCUAGCGACUCACUACCCUACCAUAAGUACAACACGAUGGCGCGGUUGGAGGCCAAUGUGUUCGCCUCUCCGGCGACCGGAGAUCUCUACUACGCCGUGGGAGGAGCUGCUCCGCUGCACCCUCUGAUGUAUGCCGCCAGCAGACCCAUCGGCGGAUCACAGAUCCUUGUGGAUUCGUACGAUCCGCCGCAGAUGUACAAGAGCGACUCGAAGGCUUCGAUACUCAGCGAGUUCUCUCUCCGGAGCAGCGACAACUCGCAGCGCUAUGCCCGGCAUCCGCACCGGAGACACGGCGGCGGGAGGGUCAGUGACUCCAGCCUAUUCUCCGUGUACUCCAACUCCGGACAGCGUCGGUACUUUGGAAGCUCCGACAGUAGAUUCGGCUACGACUGUCGGCGAUGUAGCCUGGAUGGAGUCAUUGGAAUGGGAAUGGGCAUGAGCACAACCGCAGGAGUAGGAGGGGGAGGUGGAAAUGGUCAUAUGGCCACAGCCAAUACUGCUCCCGAAAAAUGCAGCUACUCUGAUAAUUGUCGCUACGAGUGUCGCAACUGUGACUGCUCCUCGAAUUACUUUAGCUCCGAUUUUGAUGAAGUCUAUGGAUCGAUAGCUCGCGGAGGAAGUAGCGGCAUUCCGCGCAAAACCAAAGCCGGAACACUGCCCUCCAGUGGUCAGGAAGAGCCCCAGAUGGAAUCCAAGGGCAAUACACCUCCGCCCCAGAUGGAGCAGCCUUACCAAGCUCCGCUGGAUCUGAAACAAAACAAAUACGCCCAGGACUUCUUCAAACAUGUAAACGAUGUCAAGCGCAGUAUUUAUCAGUCAGAGAUGCAGAGAAACAACAGCCUGGAGUCGUCCAGAAGGAAUCCCAGGAGCGUUGGCUUGGCUGAAAACAGUAACACCAAGUCGAGUCCCAAGCGGGCUGCUUCCCAAGAACCCAGUCAUCCGGAGCCCGUGGUGACUACACUCCCUCUAAGUCGAGGGCGUCCUCUGGCAGGGAUGAAGCCCACUCCGGCCCCCAGAACCAGUUUGCAAGCACAACCAACUCCAAGCACAUCCUGUGCUCCACGAGAUCCCACGCCAAGCAAACGGAAAACUCAACCCACUGGUCGGAGGGAGUAUCCCUCCUUGGAUCGCCUGGUGGCCUCAUCCACAGGAACCAUUCCCAAGAGACAAAAUCGGACAGUAGUUCCGGAGAGGAUUACCACUGAACACAGUCAGCCCCAGAGUCCAAAAAAUUCGUCAAAGUCUGCUGACAAUAGUGUUUCCGUUUCCGAGGAACAGCCUCCGCCAAGUCAAGUUAAGAGACACCAUCGAUCAGGUGGAUCCAAGUCCCACCAGAAUGCGCCAGGCCCCUGUUUGAGAAGAAAGGAUAUUCCGGCACCUCCGCCGCCCUCGCCGGCGACGUACUCCGAUCUUCAGGAGUUAAAGGCCAAUAUGGAGGGAUUCCGGGAUGACACUAAGUCGCGGAGCGUUGAAAGCGAGUCCAACGAAUCGGGAACAAAAACGGUUGUGGAACUUUCUAAACCAGAUCCUCCGGAUAUGAGUGCUCCGGAACUGGAGGACAGCGAUGUGUUUUAUGAUGCCCGGAGCGAAGAUUCCGCCGGGGGUAUCCUGCCCUCCGACAAUGGCAGUGGUUUAUCUUCUAAAAAGGGAGCAUCCUGCAAUGCGACAACACAUCAGGCGCCAGUGGACAUGGCAGCCGCUGUUGCUGCUGUCAAUGGAGGGAACCGCAAGGACGUCGAAAUGGCGCAUUCCAUCGAGGAUGUUGUCGUUGUCGAACAGGAGCGGGAGCAGGAGAAGGAGCAGAAAAAGGGUCAGGAGACGGACCAAGAAAAGGACCAAGAGCAGGGCUCAGAGCAAAAGGCAGAACAGGAAAAGGCGUCAGGCAGCGCGGACAGACCGGAAGGGAAUACCAUUGAGGCAGAGGCCGAAACUGAGCAACAACCCUUGAAUCAAUCUGUUGAGAGCGAUUUGGCCACCCAGCCACAGCCACAGCCACAGCCGCCGCUCCCACUCGGACUCCCACAACCUCGCGUAAGGACACCACCCGAGGAGGACACUGUUUUGAAGGCAAAACACGAAAAGACAAGCAAAACAAAAGCCGAGAAGAAGGCCCCCAGCGGCCAGCAACAUGUUGCCGCAACAUGUUCGGAGGGGCAAGCCAGUUCACCAAUCAACCACGGCAACAAAUCCACCAAUAGCAACAUCACGGCCAGCAGCAACAGCGGCCACGGCAACAUCAACACCACCAACACCGUCGAGUUCGAUUUCGAGAGCAAAGCGGGCAACACGGACAGCGCAGCGUUAACGGUUUCGCACAGGUACGUCGCGUCCGGAUCCUAA